AUGAAAUUCACUACUAUCAUCUUUCUCCUCGCUGGCACUGCUGUAGGCAUGCCUAACAACAUCCUCUCCCAUGGCCGCACCAAGAUUUCCAAGCGGCAGGACACAGUCUGCCCCGAUCCUUUCGAUGUGUGCCAGUACGCCGAGAGCGACGGCACCUGCACUAUCGGCUACGAAGGAUGCAUCAAGAAGACCUGCAGUGUCUGCGACCCUUUGGAUCUCGGUUGUGCUGGCUGCGCUGCGGGCAAGUCUUCUAUCUUCAAGUGGCACGCUUGA